GCCAUGUUUGCAGGGUGCAUAUACGUAUCUUUAUGCCCUUCAAGAAAUCAGAGUACAAUCAAAUUAUUAAGUAUAAUUGAUGCUAUAGCUGAAAUGAGUUCAAUUAAUUUAAAAUCGAACAUCAUCUAAGGAAUUCUAUUAUUUGUCGUAAAAAUGCAGAUUCUCACAAAAGGCAAUGGAAAAAAUUAUGCUGAGUAAAAUUUAAAUAAUGAAUUUGAAUAUUGAAAUUUUUAAUGGAAAUGUUUGUCGCGCUUGUUUCAGUAAAAAUCCAGCAUUUGAAAUUUCGCAAGAUGUAUUUGAGAAACUAAAAAUUUGCGGUGGAAUUAGCAGCGAGGAAAUCGAAGAUAAAACAUUUCCUCGUAAAAUAUGCCAAAAAUGCUUUCUGGAUUUAGAAACAUGUUUUGAAUUUUGGCGAUUAUGUCAGCAAUCCCAUAAAAUAUUAAAAGAAAAUCUACGAAAUGCACAAUCAAGAUUUAAGAAGCAAGAAGAUAUUCUCAACAACCCUAAAGUUGAAUUUGUGGCACCUGCACAAGAACCAAUUGAAAAGGACGAGGAGUUUUUUGAGAACAAAUCCCACGCACGAUUUACCUUGCAUUCAUAUAGUUCCGAAAAUGUACGACUUUCUCAAAAAAUUAAUUUGAUACCUGAGAAAAUCCAUUUAAAAUUUGCCGGUGAAAAGCCUCAUUCAACAAAAAGUAUUGAUGUUAAAAAUAUAUUCAAUACCAAUUUGGGAAUUAAACCCAAUAAAAAAUUAGAUGAGCAAAACCAUUCAGAAAAUAGACAUCAUUUAUGUGAAUUUUGUGGCAAAAAUUAUGUUUCUAAAUUUUCUAUGCAAAAUCAUAUGCGGUUGCAUUCUGCCCGCCUUAGGUUUGCCUGCGGGAUAUGUGAUGAUUCAUAUGCUAGAAAGUUUCAGCUAGAGCAACACAUGUGCUCAAAACAUACAGGGGAAAGAAAUUUCAAAUGCGAAUAUUGUGACAAAACAUUCUUUUCAAAAAUUUUAAAAAAUAAACAUCAAAGAAGAUCACAUUCUAAACGGUUUAAAUGCGACCAAUGUGAUAAAUAUUUCGGAAGACCAGACUUGUUAAAGAAACACAUAAGAGUUCAUACUGGAGAAAAACCUAUAGUUUGUGACAAAUGUGGAACAAGAUUUAAGGAGCUUCAUCAUUUAAAAACUCAUAAUAAAUCAAUGAGCACUUGUGUAUUGAAGAUGAGUAUAAAAGUAAACGAUAAAUAAAAUAGUGUUUUAACUAAA